AGAAAAAAAAAUCUCUAAUUUGAUUGGUAAAAUACUUGACACACUGCAGAGUGCAGUCUGCACUACAAAUCUACAUUAUUGUAAUCUUAUACACACACACACACACAAACACAAACACACUUGCUUACACACAUUGAUGCGGAGUUGAACUUUUUCACUCCUUUCAGAUCUGUUUAGCUAGCAGAUCACUGUUAUUUAACAUGACGAUUCUGCAUCAUCUGCUCCUCAUCGCUUGCAUAUUCAUCUCUCUCAAUCCAAUCAUUCCUGCGAUUGCUGAUUCUAUUCUAGGUUGCGGCGGAUUCGUCGAGGCGAGUUCGGCUUUGAUUAAGUCACGGAAGGCAACUGAUGCGAAAUUGGAUUACUCACAUAUCACGGUUGAGCUUCGGACUGUUGAUGGAUUGAUGAAGGAUAGAACACAGUGUGCUCCAAAUGGCUACUACUUCAUUCCGGUUUACGACAAGGGCUCCUUUGUGAUUAAAAUAAAGGGACCUCAAGGGUGGUCAUGGGAUCCUAUUCAAGUCCCUGUUGUUGUUGACCACAAUGGUUGCAACGCCAAUGAAGAUAUAAAUUUUCAAUUCACAGGGUUCACUGUAUCAGGUAGAGUUGUUGGAGCUGUUGGUGGAGAGAGCUGCUCGCACAAAACUGGUGGUCCAUCAAGUGUAACAGUUGAGCUUUUGCAUCAUCCCUCGGGUGCUGUUGCUUCAUCUGUUUUGACAUCCACUGAUGGAAGUUACUCCUUUUCAAAUAUUAUUCCAGGGAAUUACAAUGUACGUGCUGCACAUAAUGAUUUGCCCAUUGAAGUCAAAGGUUCCACAGAGGUGGAACUGGGCUUUGGAAACGCUGUAAUUGAUGACAUUUUUUAUGUCCCUGGCUAUGAUAUUCAUGGACUGGUUGUUGCGCAGGGAAAUCCUUUAUUGGGUGUUCAUAUAUAUUUAUAUUCAGAUGAUGUCUUGGAGGUAAAUUGUCCUCAGGGUUUUGGUGAUCCUCCAGGCGAGAGCAAAGCUCUCUGUCAUGCUAUAUCUGAUGCUGAUGGAGUGUUUAAAUUCAAAUCUAUCCCCUGCGGGUUAUACAAGCUGAUUCCAUACUACAAGGGAGAGAAUACAGUGUUUGAUGUUUCACCUCCAUUCUUGUUUGUGUCAGUUCAGCAUGAGCAUGCAACCGUCCCUCAAAAAUUUCAGGUUACUGGAUUUUCUGUUGGUGGUCGUGUAGUCGAUGGAAAUAACAAGGGAGUGGAUGGUGUAAAGAUUAUAGUAGAUGGCCAAGAAAAGUCUAUUACCGAUAAAGAAGGAUUUUACAAGCUUGACCAGGUGACAUCUAAACGUUAUACAAUAGAAGCAAAGAAAGAGCAUUACAAGUUUGACAAACUGCAUGAUUUCAUGGUUUUGCCAAACAUGGCUUUGGUUGAUGAUAUUAAAGCAAUCUCCUAUGAUGUCUGUGGCCUAGUAGAGACGGUCUCUCCUGGGUAUAAAGCGAAGGUUGCUUUAACUCAUGGACCAGAGAAUGUUAAGCCUCAAGUAAAACAAACUGAUAAUAAUGGCAAUUUUUGCUUUGAGGUUCUGCCGGGUGAGUACCGCUUGUCAUCUUUUGCAGCCAAGCCUGAGAGUUCUCCAGAGCUCUUGCUCUUGCCUCCUUAUGUUGAUGUCAAUGUCAACAGGCCUUUACUAAAUGUCAGAUUCCAUCAGGCACAAGUAAAUGUUAUUGGUUCAGUCAUGUGCCUGGAAAAUUGUGGCUCUUCUGUUUAUGUUACCCUUGUAAGAUUGGGUGGGAGCAGUAAAAAAGAGAGAAAGACAGUUAGUUUGACUGAUCAGAGUAGUGAAUUUCUGUUUCCUAACAUCCUACCAGGGAAAUACAGACUUGAGGUCAAGCGCCAGUUUCCAGGAUUGUCAGAAGAUAACUGGUGCUGGGAUCAAAAUUUUUUUGAUGUGGAUGUUGGGACAGAGGAUGUUAAUGGGAUUUCAUUUGUUCAAAAGGGUUACUGGGUCAAUGUUGUCUCCACUCAUGCGGUAGAUGCGUACUUCACUCAGCCAGAUGGCUCUCACGUGAACUUGAAAAUUGAGAAGGGUUCACAAAAAAUUUGUGUAGGAACUCCUGGAGUACAUGAACUUCACUUUGUAAACUCGUGUAUUUUCUUUGGUAGCUCACCCGUGAAAAUUGAUACAUCUAAUCCUUCGCCUGUGAGUCUAAAAGGAGAAAAAUAUCUUCUGAAAGGUCAAAUAUCUAUUGAAUCAAGCUCCCUCGAUGGUUUAGACACGAGCGCUGACACAAUUUUAGUAGACAUUCUAAACAGUGAGGGUUUAUUUGUUGAGGGUACUAGUGCCAGAUUUGUAGGUGCUAGGAAUGGUCAAUCCGACGCGUCUAUCUUCGAAUAUUCAUUAUGGGCUAAUCCUGGCGAGAAGCUUACAUUUGUUCCUCGGGAUGCAAGAGAUAAUGGUGAAAGGAAAAUCUUAUUUUAUCCUAGACAACAUAAAGUCGCAGUAUCACAAGAUGGUUGCCAAGCUGCCAUUCCCUUAUUUUUGGGUCGUCUGGGGUUGUACAUUGAAGGAUCAGUCUCUCCUCCCCUUUCUGAUGUAUACAUCAGAAUUAUUGCUGGAGCAAAUAAAGAAAAUGCUCCAAUGAAGCCAGCUGAAGUAGUACUUGAAACCACCACAGGAGGAGAUGGUGUUUUUGUUGGUGGACCCCUAUAUGAUGACAUUACUUACAAUGUUGAAGCUUCGAAGCCUGGCUAUCAUGUAAAGGCAGUCGGACCUUAUUCAUUUUCCUGUCAGAAGCUCAGUCAGAUUUCGGUACAUAUAUAUUCAGAAGAAAAUCCCAAUGAACUUUUUCCUUCCGUUCUAUUAUCAUUAAGUGGUGAAGAUGGUUAUAGAAACAAUUCAGUGGCUGGUGCUGGUGGUACUUUCCUCUUUGAUAACUUAUUUCCCGGGAGCUUUUAUCUCAGACCUUUGCUUAAGGAGUAUGCUUUCUCGCCUGCAGCACAGGCAAUUGAACUUGGUUCUGGGGAGUCUCAGAAAGUAGUUUUCCAGGCUACUCGUGUUGCUUACAGUGUGAUGGGUUCUGUUACUCUGUUAUCUGGGCAGCCCAAAGAAGGUGUUUUAGUUGAAGCCCGGUCAGAAUCAAAAGGCUAUUAUGAGGAGACCCUGACAGAUUCAUCAGGAAGUUAUCGCCUUAGAGGUCUCCUACCCAAUACAGUCUAUGUAAUUAAAGUUGGGAAAAAGGGUGACCUUGAUAAUCAAAUUGAACGCGCAUCUCCUGAUUCUGUUGUUGCGGAGAUUGGAGUAGGGGAUAUCAAGGAUUUGAAUUUUUUGGUGUUCGAACAACCACACAUGACAAUCAUCAGUGGUCACAUAGAAGGAAAUAGAAUUAAAGAGUUACGGGAGCAUCUCAGGGUGGAAAUCAGAUCAGCAAAUGACCCAUCCAAGGUUGAAUCCACCUUACCAUUACCUUUAUCCAACUUCUUCCAGGUAAAAGAUUUGCCAAAAGGCAAGUAUCUUUUACAGCUUCGAUCUGUACUCCCUCCAAACAUCCACAGAUUUAAAACAGAAGUUAUUGAGGUCGACUUAGAGAAACAUACCCAGAUUCAUGUGGGCCCCCUGAAUUAUACUCUGGUAGAGGAGCACCACAAACAGGAAUUGACUCCAGCUCCUGUAUAUCCACUAAUUGUAGGAGUCUCGUUGAUUGGUCUUCUUCUCGGCAUGCCAAGAUUAAAGGAUCUAUAUCAAGGCACAAUAGGAGCAUCAUUAUCAGGAUCCAUGGCAAGUGCCAAGAAAGAAAUGAGAAGGCCAACUAUUAGGAAGAAGACAUAUUGAGGGACCCGUUUAGAUCCAGAUUUUGGCAUAGAGAUAGAUCAAGGGUUAACACUAGUAAGACAUUCUUCAGUUUCAAGUUAUGCUAUGAAGAACAAUAGCUGCUUUUAGGUGAGGCCCUCUCAAGUUUUGUACCAAGUGAAUAUAUGAAUCUUUAUCAUGUUGUAUCAUUCCAAAUUAUAGUCUAACAUUGAGGGCUUCUAUAUUAAUAGUCCGAGAUGAAAGUUGACAAAAAGCAUCAAUGCAAUUUCAUAUCUAAUUAAGCUAAUAAAAGCUGAACUUAAAUACA